AUCGUGGCUAAAGCCUCUCUUUCUGGCUCUCAGGUAUAUAAAGAGGAGGCAGCCGGAGAGCAGAGGACAAAGCUCUCUGGAAACACUUCUUCACUCGUUGCUUUUUGUCCACACUCUCUUCUCUUCAUCCCGCUUCACCUCCCUUCCUCCACCUGCUGGACUCUGAGCUGAGCAGGUACAUCUGCCAACCUGAGCCACACCAAGCCGAGCUAGACCAAACUGUCUCCAGUCACUAUGGAUAUUGCCAUCCAGCACCCUUGGUUCAGACGUGCCCUGGGCUCUGUCUACCCUGCCCGACUCUUUGACCAGUUUUUUGGAGAGGGCAUUUUUGACUACGACUUCUUCCCUUACACCACCUCCACCAUCAGCCCCUAUUACAGACAGUCGCUGUUCCGCAACUUUAUGGAUUCCUCCAACUCCGGCACCUCUGAGGUGAGGUCCGACAGGGAUAAGUACACAGUCUACCUGGACGUCAAGCACUUCUCUCCCGAUGAGCUCAGUGUGAAGGUCACCGAUGACUACGUGGAGAUCCAGGGGAAGCAUGGAGAGAGACAGGACGACCAUGGUUACAUCUCUCGUGAGUUCCACCGCCGCUACCGCCUCCCCUCCAGUGUUGACCAAUCAGCAAUCACCUGCACCCUGUCAGCUGACGGUCUGCUGUGUCUGACCGGGCCAAAGGUCAGCGUGGGGAGUGAAUCUGGCCGCAGCGAUCGCAACAUCCCUGUCACCCGUGACGACAAGCCCAACGCUGCUGCAUCCUCCUAGAGGCAAAGUGGUGAGGGUCAACCAGGGGUGCCAGAGGGGCUCUGCCCCCCUACGCCCUGCUUCGACUGGGAUGGACGACGACAGAAUCUCUAUCCUCCACCCCUCGGCUUCUUUUCCUCCCUUUUCCUUAGAGGAUAUCUGUGUCCUCCUUGCUCACUUUCUCCUCUGUUGAUUCUACUUGGCACACUCUUACAGUAUUAUUAGUAUCAUUGUUUUGAGCUUAACAAAAAUCUCCCCAUGAGGAUGGUUAAGUGAGGGGCGGCUGGAGUUUUGAAGGAGAAAACUCAUCUAAGGACGAGACAUUCACAUGACCGGGCGCUUCAUUCUGCUGAUUGGUGUUGAUCUGUGUCAGAGCGAGCCCUCUGACGAUACAGAUGAUUGGGGUUAAGCUUGGAGGUAAAUGUCACGCAUGUCCAUUUUCCAUCAGUGAAGUUCUCUAAGGCCCUAGUUGCUUCCAUUCUUGUGCUGACUCUUUGAACCCUCUCCUCUCUUGUCUUAAAUAUAUCCUGUACUGUAGUCUAGGCCUUAUCAAUGGAUACCUGCUCAUUACUGAGAAGUCCAUACUAAAGAAACAUACAAUAAAGCUGUA